GCGAUACGGAACCAAGUGCGGCGGCUGCCUCCAAGGGAUAAACCCGCAGGACCUUGUGAGGAAAGCGAGGGACAAGGUUUUCCACCUGAAUUGCUUCACCUGCCUAGUGUGUCGGAAGCAGAUGAGCACCGGCGAAGAGCUCUACGUCCUGGACGACAACAAGUUUGUCUGCAAGCAGGACUACCUGUCGGGCAAACCGCUGCCGGACACGCAUCAUGUGCACGGUCAUCACGAACCGUCCAACCUGUCGGCAGGCGGAGACUCGCUGAUGGGCUCGGGAUCGGAAGACGAGGACGAGGACGGUAGUGCCCACCAUCACCAUCACGAUUCGGCCGUACGCGGCGCUCACCUCGGGACCCACAACAUUGGCCCGGGUGGUCCCGGCGACCAGGCCGUCGGCCACGGUGGCGAACUACCUCUCGGUGGCGAUCCCUGCAAGCAGGAGGACUCCGAGGAUCAAGGUUCCCUGGACGGCGAUCCCGAGACGAGGGACAGCCAAACGGAGAACAAGAGCCCGGAUGGCGGUGCCGGCGGUGGCAGCGGCGACGGCAGCGCCGGCUCGAAACGACGCGGCCCGCGGACCACUAUAAAGGCGAAACAAUUGGAGAUCCUCAAGACGGCCUUCUCGUCGACCCCGAAGCCCACCAGGCACAUCAGGGAGCAGUUGGCGAAGGAGACCGGCCUGCCCAUGAGAGUCAUACAGGUCUGGUUCCAGAACAAGAGGAGCAAGGAGCGCAGGCUGAAGCAGCUGACGUCGAUGGGCAGGAACCCCUUCUUCGGGGGCUCGCGCAAGAUGCGCGGGUUCCCGCUCAACCUGAACCCGGGUGCCCUCGGCGGCGAGGACGGCCCGCCGCCCGGCUUCCCGUACUUCGGCCCGGACAAGUUCGAGUUUGGCUACGGCGGCCCGGUGGCCUUCCAUCACGAGUUCUUCGGCGCGCAUCCGCCCCCGCAUCCGCACGGAUCCCCUCUGAGAGCAGUACGUAAUCUGUUUCUGACAGGCCUGGACCCGGCCAGUUUAGCGGGCAUGGCAGCCGCAGUGGCGGUGGCAGGGGAAUACCCACCUCCGGGCGCGGGGGGCGGCCCUCCGGAAUUUCUCACGGGGCCCCCCGGGCAGGGGCCCCCUGCGCCCACCGGCGGCAGCCCCGGAGAGUUCCUGGCACCUUCAGGUGGAGGGCAAGGUAAUCCGAGCGGCGGCGGCGGGAACGGCGGCGGUCCAGGCGGCGGCGGCGGCGGCGGUGGCGGCGGGGUCGCGGGCGGCGGGUUCCUGGAGCCGCACCAGAUGCAGAGCGAAGGGCUCGCCUGGUAGUACGAGUUUUAAUUAACGUCCCUUUUAUGAUAAUAACAAUUCCGCCCGCGCGCCUAAAAUACGGAGGAUCGCGAGAGCGCGCGCCGUCGAAAGCGCGAGAGCGAUGAAACGGCGACGGCGACGGCGACUGCGGCGAUUUCGAGUCCGGAGGACGACGGGAGGCUCGGCGCUUCUCGUCGCUUUUCCUUCCCCACCUCCGGUUUUUCCGUUCCUUCUCGUCCCUGUCCUCCCCAUUCUUUCCGUUUCGCGUUGCGAUCGUGAUCGCGAUCGAGUCGUCGUGAAAUCGACUCGUUCUUUAUGUAAGAUAUUACAGACACGGAAGCGUUUGUCCGCGCGCCUCGAUUCACGGUUAUUGUCGUCGACGCACGGUCGACGCUUAUUAUCUCUAUUGAUUACGGCAUCUCCCGGCGCCGCGACGCCGCGACGUUAUUAUUUACAUUAUUAUUAUUAAUAUUAUUAAUUAUUGAUUAUUAUUAUUAUUAUUAUUAUUGUGUAUAAAAUUCGAAGAGGUCCCUAUCGUGUAAUAUUGUACCCCUCCCUGUUGAUUAUUUCUUUUCUCGACGUUACUUUGGAGACACCCUGUAGAUAUCUGCUGUUGUACACCUGAUAAAGACACGCGUACACCGGUCGCUAGACACGUUCACACACACUCUUACACUUGCAACGUCACACGUGCAUACGAACAGAUACACGGAUACACGUAUCCACACACACUUGGAGACACGCUGUACUAAUAUUAUCAUUAAAGUAUAAAUAUAAAUAGGAAACGUGUAAUUUGUAUCUGUUAAGAGCGGCGAGAUCGAUGUAAAUACACACGAGGAACACGCAGAAAAAAAAACACGCUCUAUUCUCUCUUUUUGCUGAAAAUGCGCGCGCGUAGCGAUUUGCGCGAGACGGCUGGACUUACUCCACGAACGCCAUCGGAAGUAUAAGAAAAAAAAAAUAUAUAUAUAGUAUAUAUAUGUGUAUUGUGACGCAACAACACCGAGAGUAAGGCAGAUCGGGAAAGAGAUGCGCCGCCGCGACGCAUAACGAUUAUAAAUACUAUUAUAAUAAACCACCUCGUAUUUCCGUA